AUGAUGCUGAGCCUCCUCGUGCUGCUGGUGGCCGGUGGCAGCUGCGCUGCGGCACUGCCGCAGUCCCGGGUGGUGAACGGCGAGGAUGCUGUGCCAUACACCUGGCCCUGGCAGAUCUCGUUGCAGUACGAGCGGGACGGCUCCUUCCGCCACACUUGCGGAGGCACCCUCAUCGCGGCCAACUGGGUGAUGACGGCUGCGCACUGCAUCUCCUCCUCGCUCACCUACGAGGUGGUGCUGGGCGAGUAUGACAUGAGCGCUGCGGAGGGCCCUGAGCAACGCAUCCCCGUGGACUCCAACGACAUCUUCGUCCACCCCAAAUGGCGAAGCUCCUGCGUGGCCUGCGGCAAUGACAUCGCCCUGCUGAAGCUGCGGCGCCCGGCGGUGCUGGAUGCCGAGGUGCAGCUGGGGCGGCUGCCGCCCGCCGGCAGCGUCCUGCCCGACGGAUACCCCUGCUACCUGAGCGGCUGGGGGCGGCUGUCCACUGGAGGGCCUUUGCCGGAGCGGCUGCAGCAGGCGCUGCUGCCCGUGGUGUCCUUCGAGCGCUGCACCCAGCCCGACUGGUGGGGCAUCCUCGCCAUUCGCCAAACCAUGAUCUGUGCCGGCGGCGAGGAGAAGGCCGGCUGCAAUGGCGACUCGGGGGGACCCCUGAACUGCCAGGCGGCUGACGGGCACUGGGAGGUGCACGGCAUUGCCAGCUUUGUCUCCGGGCUGGGCUGCAACGCCUCCAAGAAGCCGACGGUCUUCACCCGCGUCUCUGCCUUCGAGGACUGGAUCGCCGAGACCAUGAUCAAUAACUGAGUGUGGUGGCAGUGGUGACCUCCUGGCAUGGCAUCGGGCAAAUAAACCCACAGCGCUGGCAUCGUGUGUGUCCCAUGUGUGGUGUGGGGGCGGCUGGCACAGGGCGGGAGGCACCCAGAGGGGCCUAGACACCACGGGAAUGGGCACCCAGAGACACACAGGUGCCAUGGGGAUGGGCACCCCGUGGUGUCCAGACACCACGGAGAUGGGCACCUGGAUGGGCCCAGAGACCAUGAGGGUGGGCACCCAACAAUGUUCACACACCAUGGAGAUGGGCACCUACAGAUGUUCAGAUACUGUGGGGAUGGGCAUCCAGGGACACCCGCGUGCCAUGGGGAUAGUUUGCCCUGAGGAGCCAGGAUGCCAUGGGGAUGGGCACCCGAAGACACCCAGGAGCCACAAGGACAAGCGGCCCGAGGUGCCCUGAAGCCAUGGGGAUGGGCCCACCCUGAUGUGCCCUUUAGGCCACAGGGAUGGCCUCAGCCAUGUGCCCUGGUGCCACGGGGAUGGGCUCCUCCUGGUGCCAGGGGGAUGGGGCCCCUGAGGCACCCUGACGCAAUGGGGGUGGUGCCCAGACGUGCCCUGGUACCACACCGAUGGGCUCCCAGAGGUGCCCUGAUGCCACCUGUGUGGGCCCCCUGUGGUGCCAUGGCAAUGGGCACCCAGUGCCGUGCCACAGCCACAGAGAUGCCCCCCUGAGGCGCCCCGAGGCCCCGGGGAUGGCCCCCUCCGGGUGCCCCAGGGCUGGAUGCCCAUGGCCGGGGCUCUCUCCUGCCCUCCUGGCCCGGCUGUCGCUUCGCAACCACUGCCGCCAGUGCGUGACCGGCGAACAAAGAGCCCUUUCAGUGGCCACCUCCCCCCGGCCAGCACCCCUGGGACCCCCGGCUGGGUCUCCCCAUGUCCCCCCGGCGCCACCCAGGCACCCUGCUGGGAUGGGUGCCAACAGCACCCCUCAAUUCUCUGAGGGAUCCGGGUGGAAAAUUCCUGCCAUGGGGCCAUGUGAGUUUUAUUGGCCCUUUGUCACCACGUCCCGGGGACCUUUGCCCUCCCUGUGGCAUCGGCAUUGACGCCGUUGUCCGCCGGUGCCAUCCUGGCACGCCACGGCCCUUUGCUCGGGGCUUUGGGGCUGAGGCCGCCCCAACUCGUGACACCUUUGCACAAGUGGGCGCUGCCUGCUGGUGGCCCUGCGGUGGGGACAGGGGUGACCAAACCCAGUGGCGCUCGGCUCAGCCGGGGGGGGUUCUA